UGUGACGCAGGCGGGCGGGGCGCACCUGUGUGACGCAGUGGCGGUGGCGGCCAUGGCGCCUGGGCGGCUCUUCCCGCUCCUGCUCCUGCUGCUGCUUCUGCCCGCGGCCGCCGCCGCCAUCGACGCUCGGCCCGGUCCUAACGGGCCCCCCCUACUCGAGCUCUGCUCGCUGCCCAAGGUGGUGGGACGGUGCCGGGCCUCGAUGCCGCGGUGGUGGUUCAACGUCACCGUCGGCUUGUGCCAAAGCUUCGUCUUCGGUGGUUGCGAGGGAAACGCCAACAAUUUCCCGACGGAGCGGGAAUGUCGGGAGAGUUGCGUCCUCGGAGGGGCUUCGAGGAAACCCGAACAUCACUCCAAGCAGACCGACUCCACCUACGACGAAUCCUGCACCGUCCCCCGAGUGACGGGUCCGUGCCGUGCCUCCUUCCUCCGCUGGUAUUACAACCCGGCAAACCGAACCUGCCGUCAAUUCAUCUACGGCGGUUGCCGGGGAAAUAAAAACAAUUACCAAAACGAAGAAGAAUGUUUGAACCGUUGCGUCAUCAAACCAGAAAAUCCCGGCGACGCCGGUGACGAUUUCCACCGCGAUUUCCUCUCUACCAAAGCGUUGGCAUUGGGGGUGCUCCUGGCCGUCCUGGCCGCUAUUUUAUUGGGUUACGUCACUGACGUCACCAUCAAGACGUGCCGGAAAAGACCGGAGAUGCCGGGAACGGGAAUGGGAUGGAGCCCCGGCGACGACAAGGAAUAUCUGAUGAGCAACGCCUACACCCUCUGAGGGGGGGGGGCACCCCUUUUUUGUGACACCCCCCCCCAAAAUGACUUCUCUGGUGCAUUUUGGGCACCUCGCUUGUUCUUUAUAAUUAUUUUUCGGGGUUUGUUUGGUUUUUUAAUUCUUUUGUAGAAAAAAAGGGGUGGGGGGGGGGGGUAAAGCUUCUUCCGCCCCCCCCCGGCCCCAUGGGGGGGUUCUCCCCCUUCCUGGCUAUUCCCACUCGGAUUCAGCGGCGGGCUGGGAUCAGUGAUUUUUGGGGGGUUCCCAGUCAUUUUUGGGGGGGUCCCAGUGAUUUUAGGGGGUCACCCUCUCCUUGCUUUUGGGGUGGGGGGCACGCGGUGGGGGGGGGGGGGGAAAUGUUUGUGAUCGUUGUAUUGAAUCAACUGGAUUUAGGGGUUAAUUUUGGGGUUCCGGGGUUUUUUUUUAUACGUUAAAGGGUUUAAUUAUUUUUUUUCUGAAUAAAGGGAGAUUGAACCAC